ACAUGGAUUAAUGUUUUGAAUUUCAGUGUAUGCGGCAUUCAGCACUUCCAGAGAGCCGGACACCGGCAUUUAAACUUGUUUCAAAGUACAUAUUUCGUGGUGGUAACAUUUUCUACAGUAGGAUAUGGCGAUUUUGUUCCAGACAUUUGGCCCUCACAACUCUACAUGGUCUGCAUGAUAUGUGUCGCGCUGAUAGUACUACCAACACAGUAUGCUGAUAAAACUGCCGCUGAUGAGCAUACAAUCCUCAGAUCAUGGGCUGUAAAGGAUUUUGCUCCAAAUGUACCUCAGUACGUACAGAUUUUCCGUCCUGAGAACAAACUUCACGUUAAAUUUGCUGAGCACGUCGUGUGCGAGGAUGAGUUCAAAUAUGCACUUUUGGCUAACAAUUGUACUUGUCCUGGUGCUUCAACCCUAGUUACGUUACUCCUGCAUACAUCACGGGGACAGGAGGGACAACAAUCGCAGGAGGAAUGGCACCGGCUUUAUGGCAAGUGUUCUGGCAAUGAAAUAUAUCACAUCACUCUGGGUGACUCGAGAUUUUUCGGGGAGUACGAGGGAAAAUCGUUUACUUACGCGUCAUUUCACUCUCAUCGGAAAUAUGGAGUUGCUCUUGUCGCUGUCAGACCAGCAGAAUUACCAGAGUUUUAUGAAGAUACUAUUCUACUUAAUCCAGGUCCUCGUCACAUAAUGAAGAAAACGGACACAUGCUACUACAUGAGUAUUACAAAAGAGGAGAAUUCAGCGUUUGUAGUGGCAAACAAUCAGGACAAAUCAUCAGAUCCCUCUCAAGUGGUGGUGGACAACAAAGGUGACACAUCGACAACCCAAAUGGGCAACGCAUCGGGACCAGGCACAGGUGCCACAACCCUGACAACACCGACAACUCUAUCAGCAACAGUGGCAGCUGGAUCAGGAGGGAAUGGUACAAUUGGAAUUGGUGAUAGCCAGCAUCGAAGAUAUUCUAAUGGUUUUAAAUCGUCGUACGAUAGGACACAUGAGGCGAGUGAAUCGGUGUCUCCGGGCAAACCACGUAUACUAGUACCAUCGCCCGGAGCACCGCCGCCGCCUCAGGUUAUCUUGCAGGUCCUCCCUAGCACGCCCACACUCCAACACCACAACCUACUCGCAUCCGAUGUCCACC